AAACUACAGCAUUCAGGUUUUUCAAAAAUCAUUCUUUUUUUGUAAAUUGAAAAAAUUAAUUGUAAAUAUUUUCUUUAGCAAUGGGUCAACAUUUUAAUAGUUCAACAGAGUAUAUACAACCGAAGUAUUUACCAACAAUACCAAAUAAUCCUCUUAUCCGCCUUUUUGAAGUUAUAUUAAUCAAACGUGAAUGCUAUAUUAAUGAUUUAUGGGAAUUAGUGGGUCACGAGACGGUCUCCACUCGAGAUAUACGUGAUGAACUGGAUCGUGCUAUUGAAUGGAUUCUAAAGCGACUAGUUGCAUUGAAUGUAGUAGCAUUUGGUGAACAUAUGGGUAUGCAAAUAUUACCUGGUACUUUGAAAAUCAUACGUAUGCCCAAAAUUAUUAUUGGAAUUCUUAAGAAUAGUUCAGAGAAGCCGACAAUUUUAGUGUAUGGUAAUCUUGAUGUAGAGGAAGCAUUGCUAGAAGACGGUUGGGUUACUGAUCCCUUUGUCAUGUCUGAAGUAGGAAAUUUUUUAUAUGGACGAGGUGUUGCGCUUGAUAAAGGACCUCUUAUGUGCUGGCUGAAUGCAAUACAGGCAUAUCGAGAUGCUGGCCUACGACUUCCAAUUAAUAUUGUAUUCCUUAUUGAAAGUAUGGCUCAUAGCGGCAGUUUAGGCUUGCAAGAUGUGCUACAACAGCGUAUUAGCUUUUUUCGUGAAGUAUCCUGCGUUGUGAUGGCUACAAGGCGUUGGCAAAGCAAUAUUACUCCAUGUAUUGUAUAUGGCUCCAGAGGGCUGAUAUACUAUCAUUUAGAAGUUGAGUGUGCAAAUCGAUCAUUAAGUAGCUGCGAACACAGUGGGACUUUAUAUGAGGCACUUCCGGAUUUAUUUUAUUUGCUUAGCUCAUUGGUUGACUGUCAAUUGCAUAUUCUUUUUGAAAGCUCAUUGGAAUCAUUUCAAAUAGAUCGAAAUGUAUUUCGCUUUACGGAAUUUAAUUACCAGGAAUUUGGACAUUGUCUUGAUGUUCAAGACCUUCCUCAUCAAGCUCAAAAGCAAGCAGCAUUAGCUGAAAACUGGAUCACGCCUCAUUUAUCAAUACAUGGAAUACAAGGUGGUAAUGUUGAAAGUGAUGUACGCUUCAUUAUUCCGCAUAAGGUUACAGGAAAGUUUUCAAUUUCAAUGUCACCCAAUCAGAAAUCAGACCAGAUAACAAAUGCUUUGCAACAGCAUCUUGGAAAUGUAUGGGUACAGAGGGGGUCUCCAAAUAAGAUGAAGUUAUGUGAGAAGUUAGUAAUCCCAUCAUGGACUGGAAGUUGUGACAGUCCUGAGUAUCAAGCAGCUUUUCGCGCAAUGAAUCGUACCUACAAAACAAAUCCCAACUUUAUUCGGGAUGGUGGUGCACUAUUAGCCCCUUCUGUGUUUCAACAUUGUUUACAGAAGAAUGUGCUAGUCUUGCCUAUUGCAAGGAAUGAUUGUGGUGGUUGCCCAGUUAACGAAAGAAUUAGCGUACCGAAUUAUAUAAUGGGAACACAGCUAAUGACAGCUUUUAUGUGGGAGUACGCUGAACGAAGUCUGGAGGACCUGACGGAUUGACAUUGAAUAUAAGAAGUUACUUAAUACAAUACAUACUCUUUUCUUUUUCUAUUAUUUUCAUUAGUUUAGAAAAUCAUCAAACAUUAAUAACAUAAUUAUGUCUGGGUAUGAACUAACCAUCUUAAAGUCGAAAGAACCAAAAGCUAAAAAUUGAAAUCCCACUGUAAUUGGCCAUCAAAAUAAUUCAAAUUUAAUUUCAUAUAUACUAUA